GACGCCGCCACCUCCACGGGGUGCACCCUGGCCAUCCUACAACAACCCAUGGUCAGGGCGCAUCUCCAUGUGGCCGUUCCAGGCUUCCGGUGGCGAGCCUCGCCCGCCGGCGGCCAUGCUUGCGGGUGCUCCCCCGGGGUUCCCCUCAGUGACCCCGUGGGCGGCCCCGUUCCCCGCGCACUCGUGGGCUACUCCACCGGCGACCUUGCCCGGGUCUGCUGGCUGGGACCAGGCGGCCUUGGCGCACUCCUUCAGCACCAUGGCCCUGACACCCCCAGUCGGGCCGGAGUGGGUCGCCGACUCUGGGGCUACUUACCACACCACUCCUAACCCCGGAUUUGGCUUCCCGGCGUCCUCUGCUCCGAUGUGACAGCACGGGGCCCCUUUACACUCUUCGCUUUCCGGCAUCUGCCUCGCCUCCUUCGCCAGUUUUGUCAGCUGCCUUCGCCACCACCACCUCCACUACUUGGCACCGGCGUCUCGGCCAUCCUGGACGUGAUGCUUUGAUGCAGCUUAGUCGUAGUUCCGAUAUUCGAUGUACUUGGGCUCACGAUGAGCAUUUGUGUCAUGCGUGCCAACUGGGCCGACAUGUUCGUCUUCCUUUUUCUAGUUCUUCUUCUCAUGCGGCCCGCAUUUUUGACCUUGUACAUUGUGACUUAUGGACCUCUCCUGUCAUCAGUAUUUCUGGAUACAAGUACUAUCUUGUGGUGGUGGAUGAGUAUUCUCAUUA